AUGGCGGACCUUGUCGACUACUCCCCCCACCAUCCCACCAGAGCGGACAAAUUGGCCAGCGCAUCCAAUGUCAUUCUUAUCGACAACUACGAUUCAUUCACUUGGAAUGUGUACCAAUACCUCGUGCUUGAAGGUGCUACAGUUACAGUCUACCGGAAUGACGAAGUAACCAUCGAGGACUUGGUGGCAAAGAAGCCGACCCAACUAGUUAUCAGUCCCGGCCCGGGCCACCCCUCGACUGAUGCAGGAAUCAGUAGCGCCGCAAUUCAACAUUUCAGUGGAAAGAUCCCGAUCUUCGGUGUAUGCAUGGGCCAGCAAUGUAUGAUCACUUCGUUUGGCGGCAAGGUGGAUGUGACUGGCGAGAUUCUGCAUGGAAAGACAUCGGAGUUGAAGCAUGACUCCAAAGGUGUCUACCAGGGAUUGCCAGCAUCUCUUGCGGUCACCCGGUACCACUCGCUUGCGGGAACACAUUCGACUAUUCCGGACUGCUUGGAGGUGACUUCGCGUGUCGAGCUGGGGGACGGCAGUGGCAAGGAUAUCAUUAUGGGCAUAAGACACAAGGAGUUCGCAGUGGAGGGUGUUCAAUUCCACCCCGAGAGUAUCUUGACGCAAUACGGGCGCAAGAUGUUUAGGAACUUUUUGGAGCUUACAUCUGGGACUUGGGAUAAGAAGCAGGGAGAAGUAUCCGCUGUCGCACCAGUUGAUAAGAAACUUUCCAUUUUGGACAAAAUCUACGCGCAUCGCAAAAAUGCUGUUGCCGAACAGAAGAAGAUCCCGGCUUUGCGACCAGAGGCUCUUCAAGCCGCAUAUGAUCUGAACAUUGCACCCCCUCAGUUGUCAUUCCCCGCACGCCUGCGACAGUCAGACUACCCUCUCUCCCUCAUGGCGGAGAUCAAGCGCGCAUCGCCCUCGAAGGGUAUCAUUUCAGCUGAUGUAUGUGCACCAGCCCAGGCACGAGAGUAUGCCAAGGCUGGUGCUAGCGUCAUCUCUGUCCUCACAGAGCCAGAAUGGUUCAAGGGCACUAUCGAUGACCUGCGGGCCGUUCGCCAGAGUUUGGAAGGACUCACCAACCGACCAGCUGUUCUCCGAAAGGAGUUCGUCUUCGACGAAUAUCAGAUUCUGGAGGCACGUCUGGCCGGAGCUGAUACGGUCCUACUCAUUGUGAAGAUGCUGGACAUUGAGCUUUUGACCAGACUGUACCAUUACUCGCGCAGUCUUGGUAUGGAGCCUCUAGUUGAGGUCAAUACCCCCGAGGAGAUGAAGAUCGCAGUUGAUCUGGGCUCUGAAGUCAUCGGUGUCAACAACCGAGAUCUCACGAGCUUCGAAGUCGACCUCGGAACUACCAGUCGCCUAAUGGACCAGGUGCCCGAGAGCACGAUUGUGUGUGCCCUCAGUGGAAUCUUGGGCCCCAAGGACGUGGAAUCUUAUAAGAAAGAAGGUGUCAAGGCCAUUCUUGUUGGAGAGGCCCUGAUGAGGGCUCCUGAUACCUCCGCGUUUGUGGCGGAGCUUCUCGGUGGUUCCGAUCAGAAUAUCGCCGGUUCAUCGUCGAACUCUCCACUGGUGAAGAUUUGUGGUACUCGAUCUGAAGAAGCAGCUGUGGCUGCUAUUCAGGCUGGUGCGGAUCUGAUUGGCAUCAUCAUGGUUCAGGGCCGCUCACGACUUGUCCCGGAUGAUGUGGCCCUUCGCAUUUCCCAGGUGGUCAAGUCCACCCCUCGUCCAGCGGGUACAGCACACAUUUCAAGAAACGCUACGUCAUUGGAAUGGUUCGAUCACUCUACUAAUAUCUUGCGUCACCCUUCUCGUGCUUUGCUUGUUGGUGUAUUCAUGAACCAGCCACUUUCAUAUGUCCUUUCUCAACAACAAAAGCUGGGGCUCGAUGUCGUGCAAUUGCAUGGUUCUGAGCCAUUGGAGUGGUCUAGUCUGAUUCCAGUUCCCGUUAUUCGCAAAUUUGCCCCUGGUGACAUCGGCGUUGCACGCAGAGCAUACCACACUCUUCCAUUACUGGACUCUGGAGCUGGAGGCUCUGGCGAGCUACUAGAAGAGACCGGCGUCAAAAAGGUCCUCGAUAGUGACGAGGGAUUGAGGGUUAUUCUUGCCGGAGGAUUAAACCCCGAAAAUGUGGUUGACACAGUCAAGAAGCUGGGUCAGUCAGGCCAGAAAGUGGUUGGAUUGGAUGUCAGCUCAGGCGUUGAGACAAACGGCGCCCAAGAUUUAGAGAAAAUCCGUGCCUUCAUCAAGGCUGUGAAAAGCAUCCGGCAAUGA